UAAUUACUUGUUACCCCACAAAAACAAACAAGCAUCCACACCCACCACCUUCCCAAAAACCACGACAAACGUUAAAUUACUUAUAAAUCUGAUACGACACCCACCACCACCUUUCUGAACAACCUUCCAUAACCCGAACCACCACUUCACACACAUAACAACUUGCAACUCACAUUUCCAAUGGCUGCAACCUUGGAGUGUUGGUCCAGCCGCGCCGGCGCCGGCACCGGCACCGACGAGGAGAUGGUGGAACAGGUUCUCAUGAGGACCAACCACAGAUCGGAAGGUGCGGUCUCUUCCUCCACCAAAGACUCCUCCACCCUCGUCCACAAGAAGUUGCAGAAGCUGAGCCGCAACGUUUCUGAGGCUAUAACCUCCUUCAAGAACUCCCUUAACCUCAAUUUGAACCCGGAUUCUCCUUCUUCUUCUUCUUCCAAGAACGAUGGCUCUUCUCGGAAAGUUGCGUGGGGUAGUGUCGUUCGCAACCUCACCCUGCUCUACCCUGGAAGCCAGCUUCCUGAGAAGCUCAUGUCCAAUAUUCGCAAGCAUUAUGAUUCCUUGCCUCUCAGUUAUGCACAAGCAGAAUUUGAUAUGAAAGAUGUGUUUCUCCACAUCAAGUUGAUGGAGCAAGCAUCAGAAGGUGACCAAUCUGCGAUAUUGAUUCAAGAAGAGUGUGAUGAUGAAGUUCGGGGGUCUGUGUUGAAGCUCACGUUUGCUUGCAACUCUCCAAUUUCAUGGCCUGCAAUGUCGGGUGCAUUAGAUAGUUCAUCCAUUUCCUGCAAGAAGAUGCAGAUCUUUGAGAAGAAAGGUUUUACACUGGGGGUUGUUCUUCUUGUUGUUCAGUCUGGCCAUGAUAAAUUGGUCAGGACCCGGGUUGAAAAUGCUUUGAAGUUUGCUAUGAAGAAGCCCAAAACCAGUUCUGUGAAGCUUCCCUUUGGACUUUGUGGAUGUCAGGAAGAGAAUUCCAAGGGGAGAGAACUCGGGGAGAUUGAUGAAGACUUUGGUGAUGCAUACCAUGGAAAGGAGUUCGAGAAUUCGAGCCAAAAGAUUCAGCUUCAGGUGCCCUUGCCUGCUUCAUCUUUUAUCGUAUCAGUAGAUGAAUGGCAGACGAUAAAGUCAGGAGGAGAUGAGAUUGAAAAAUGGUUGUUGAACUCGGAUAGUGUUGAGUUUACAGAACAGAUUGGGCCCAAUUCAUAUAAGGGGUUCUACAUGGGAAAAAGGGUUGGAAUUGAGAAGCUGAAAGGUUGUGACAAAGGAAAUUCUUAUGAAUUUGAGCUCCACAAAAAUCUGCUGGAACUGAUGUCCUGUGGGCAUAGAAACAUUCAGCAAUUCUGUGGUAUUUGUGUGGAUGAUAUUCAUGGAUUAUGUGUAGUGACUAAGUUCAUGGAAGGUGGGUCUGUUCAUGAUUUAAUGUUGAAGAACAAGAAGAUACAGACUAAGGAUAUUGUGAGAAUCGCAGUUGAUGUAGCUGAGGGGAUCAAGUUUAUGAAUGACCAUGGUGUUGCAUACAGAGACCUCAAUACGCAGAGGAUUCUAUUGGAUAGGCAUGGGAAUGCUUGCUUGGGGGAUAUGGGUGUAGUCACUGCCUGCAAGAGUGUUGGAGAAGCAAUAGAGUAUGAAACUGAUGGUUAUAGGUGGCUAGCACCAGAGAUAAUUGCAGGGGAUCCAGAGAGUGUCACAGAGACAUGGAUGAGUAACGUUUAUAGUUUUGGGAUGGUAAUUUGGGAGAUGGUAACUGGUGAGGCAGCAUAUUCUACAUUUUCACCUGUGCAGGCAGCAGUAGGCAUUGCUGCUUGUGGCCUUAGACCUGAAAUCCCCAAGGACUGCCAUCAAACUCUAAAAUAUAUUAUGGCCAAGUGCUGGAAUAACACUCCUUCUAAACGUCCUCAGCUAUCUGAAAUUUUAGCAAUAUUGAUGCGACCAAACAACAACAAUAGGUAAACUUCUAUAUAGGCCUUUGUGGAACCCAAUCAGUUGAAUCAAAAUGAUAACAAGUUCAUGUAUAAACAUGAAUCCCCAUGCUUAUAUAGCAGCAAUGAAGUUGUAAAUUAU